AAAAAUGCAAGCAUACCAUAAUUACGAUAAGGGAGUCGACUUUGAAUCCUGCAAAGACUGUUGUUUGCCGUAUUCCUGACCUAAAUUACACAAACAAUGCAUUGACAAACUAGAAUACAACUGUACAAUAUGAAUAUAGCACAACAGUCUACCACUACUGGACCAAUUUUAGUUUAGAUUUAUGAAGAAACUUGUGGAUAAAAACGCGUGUUUUUACUCACCGUAGAAGAAAAAGAUCUAUAGUUUUCAACUAGAAUGUUUUUGGGUUGAAAUAUCGAAGAGAACGUGCAAGAAACGCGCAGUAUUUGUGGCGAAAUCUUAAACAACUUUCGCCAGCAAGCGGCCAUGUUGGAAACCGCGUGUGCUGGGGCCUGAGGACGAAGGCAAGAUGGCGGCGAUGUCGGACGAUUUUGAAAAUUUUCAAAAUAUAAAUGUUGAAAAUAUGGAACAUAAAUUGAAAUAUUCUGUUUAUUCCUGCUCGAGUUUCUCUGCCAAUUUUCAUCCAGGGUAAGUACAUUGUCCUUUUAUACUUUUGGUUAAGAUAUGCUGAAUUAUAGAGAUCGAAACCGUUUGUUUUUUGUAAAAAUAUUGCUGUGUAUUAUUAAAAAUAAAUCUUGUAUAUUUCAGACUAGAAAGUACAUUUAAACCGAAAACUGGCUGUGCGUGAAGUACUAAUUCUACUCUUUGAUAUAUAAAUUGUGCAUAUUGUUGUGACAAGUGAAAACAGGCAUUUUUGCAGUAUUGAUAAGUAAAGUGGGAAGCAUUAGGGCACAUUGCUGCUUAAUAAUUUAAAUGGUUGAAUUUUUAUUUAUCCCUAAGUCCAAGAUUACUACAUGUAAUGAAAAUAAUUACCCUUAUUUACUUAAUGUAAAUGAAGUAAUAGCCCUAUUCACAUUACAGACGGACAAGUCGUCUAGACGAACAUAUUGUCCCUCAAAAAUUGUAUUCACAGACGGACAAAUAGUUGAACAAAUUCAGACGAUUUGUUUGUCUAAAAUUUUGUUUGACACAUUUUCACAUCUGAUGAUUUGUCCGACUAAAAGACGAUUUGUUUGUCUAGAUGACUUGUUCGUCUUCUAAUGUGAAAACGAUUAAUCUUUCUUUUAUAGUAAUAUAAUGGAGGACAAACCAAAUGAUCAGAAUUCCAGAUGGACGUCAGAAACGCACCAUCCUACACAGGUUUGCCUUUGUAGUAAUAAUAGUGACACCAGGUACAAAUGCAACAACAUCAACAAUAAGAAGCAUAGCAACAAUGACAACAGCAACAAAACACAGCUGUAAACAACAAUCUGCAUUAGCAACAACAAACAAUAGAAACACCAAUAACAGCAAACAACAAAAACAACCUGGAACAUCAGCAACAAUAAACAACCGUAGCGACAAACAACAACAAACAACAGCAGCAGUGAAAAACAAGCAAUAACAAUAACAAACAGUAAUAAUAACAACAACAAAUAACAACAAACAGCAAUAACAAACAAUAACAACAAACAACAAAAUCAAUAACAGCAAAAAACAACAAUAACAACAACACUAUAAACAGCAAAUAACAAUAACAAAAACAACAGCAACAAACAACAACAACACAACAACAAUAACGACAGACAACAAUUAACAACAAUAACAACAAACAACAAUAACAACAAACAAUGACAACAAGCAAUAACAACAGCAACAAACAACAAUAACAACAACAAUAACAACAAACAACAACAAAUAACAACAAACAUCAAUAACAACAAACAACAAUAACAAGAAACAAUGACAACAACAAGCAAUAACAACAGCAACAAACAACAACAACAACAACAACAACAACACAACAAUAACAAACAACAAUAACAAAAAACAAUGACAACAACAAGCAAUAACAACAACAACCUACAACAACAACAAUGACAACAACAAGCAAUAACAACAGCAACCUACAACAACAACAAGUAAUGACAACAACAAGCAAUAACAACACCAACCUACAACAACAACAAUGACAACAACAAGCAAUAACAACAGCAACAAGCAAUAACAACAGCAACAAACAACAAUGACAACAACAAGCAAUAACAACACCAACCUACAACAACAACAAUGACAACAACAAGCAAUAACGAACACCAACCUACAACAACAACAAUGACAACAACAAGCAAUAACAACAGCAACAAGCAAUAACAACAGCAACAAACAACAAUGACAACAACAAGCAAUAACAACACCAACCUACAACAACAACAAUGACAACAACAAGCAAUAACGACAGCAACCUACAACAACAACAAGUAAUGACAACAACAAGUAAUGACAACAACAAGCAAUAACAACACCAACCUACAACAACAACAACAACAAUUAAUGACAACAACAAGCAAUAACAACAGCAACCUACAACAACAACAAUGACAACAACAAGCAAUAACAACAACAAUGAAAGCCACCUGAAAGAGAAGAUUCAUAAAAUAUUUUCUCAUUUCAGUACAUAACUCUAAAAUUGGAAAAACCAGCAGCAGUGACGAAAAUAACAUUUGGAAAAUAUCAUCAGAACCAUGUUUGUAAUUUGAAGAAAUUUAAAGUUUAUGGCAGUCUACAUGACGACCACAACAACAUGAUAGAACUACUGCAAAGGUAGCAUGUAUAUUCAUAGAAUAUGUCCCCCUCUCAAAUAAGUGUCCCUGCCAAAUAAGCCCUCACUGUCUGAAGUAAGUCCCCGUCUCAAGUUUACAUGCCCCCCUCUGAAAUAAUCCUCUGUCUUCUCUAAAC